UUCCCGAAGUCACGUCGAAGAACAAUACAAUCAGCUGUUCGUUGAUCGAAUCCGCAAAAACAAUCUAACCAAAGCUGUCAUUGUCGACAGGGACAGGCAAAGACCAGUGAAAUGUCAUUCCUCUUUGAUUGGCUCUACAGAGGCUUUAGUGGUGUGCUACAGUUUUUAGGUUUGUACAAAAAAUCUGGAAAGUUGGUUUUCCUGGGGUUGGAUAAUGCUGGUAAAACAACCCUUCUGCAUAUGCUGAAAGAUGACCGACUUGGACAGCAUGUGCCCACGUUGCAUCCAACAUCGGAAGAGUUGACGAUAGCUGGAAUGACAUUCACCACGUUUGAUCUGGGAGGCCACGUACAAGCUAGAAGAGUUUGGAAGAACUACCUGCCGGCUAUCAAUGGAGUUGUCUUUCUGGUUGACUGUGCCGACCACGACCGCCUUACAGAAUCCAAGAUCGAACUUGAUGCUCUGUUAGCAGAUGAGACCAUCCUCUCUGUGCCUGUGCUGGUCCUGGGUAACAAGAUAGACCGUCCUGAAGCCAUCAGUGAAGGGGGACUGAGAGAGGCGUUCGUUCUCGAUGGACAAUGCACUGGAAAGGGUAACGUUUCGUUGAAGGAUCUGCAGGCACGACCUCUGGAGAUUUUCAUGUGCAGUGUCCUGAAGAAGCAGGGCUAUGGAGAUGGCUUCAGGUGGCUGGCACAAUACAUCGACUGACAUCUAGGCAGCGCUUCUUUUACUAAACGGACUCCCAUCUAUCUGGGGGGGAAUGAAGAAGAUAAGCUAUCAGAUUAAAUGGCCCAUAUCGUCCCCCUCCCCCUCCCCCAUGUGGAAAGAUGUGAAGCUCCCAAUAAUCAGCUUUCUGAUUGAGUACAUCUGUCAAUUUCAGCAUUAAUUGGUCCGUUUUAAAGGUUUCUAUCUAUGCAAACUUUUAAAAGUGGUUCAUGGUCACAAGAUUCAAGAUGGGUUUGCGUGUAAUACUAAUAAGUCCAUUAGUUAAGUAUAACGUCGACCCGUUCUCUGGCGGGUAAAUUAGAGUAUCCGGUUCUACCCCAACAGAUUUGAUCAUAGCUGCAAUUCAAGCUACAGUAUACGGCAGAUGACCUGUACUAAUGUAGAACCUUUAUAAGGUAUACUGUGAACUUUUAAAAUUAUUUCUGAAACAUGAAGGACCAAGUAGUUUUUAAAUGAAAUAGAUUAUAAAUGAUAAGGAUAUUUAUGUGAAUGGUGGCGGUACAAAUGCUUGUACAUAGCAGUCCUACCUAGAAUAAGAUGUUCUUAUCACGAAGAGGACAUGAAAGAGGAUGGAUAGACUGAGCAGGAAUAUUCCAACAGACCCAAGUUCCAAUCGCAUCGAAUAGAACGUCAUCUAAAGUUUAGGGGCAGAGUCCAUUUGACCUGAUUCUGUUUCUAUACAUGGCGUGUAUAUCCCAAAUGGCAGCAUAUUGACUAUAUAGUGCACUACUUCAGAGAACCCAUACUUUCUAUGCCCCCACCCUGGUCAAAAGUAGUGCACUAAAAAGGGAAUAUGGUGCCAACCCUGAUCAAAAGUAGUGCACUAAAUAGAGAAUAGUGUUCCAACCCUGAUCAAAAGUAGUGCACUAAAUAGGGAAUAGGGUGCCAACCCUGGUCAAAAGUAGUGCACUAAAUAGAGAAUAGGGUGCCAACCCUGGUCAAAAGUAGUGCACUAAAUAGGGAAUAGGGUGCCAACCCUGGUCAAAAGUAGUGCACUAAAUAGGGAAUAGGAUUGACAUUUGGUACGCGUCCCGGGGGUUUGAGAUCAAUUGUAAUUGUCCACGCAGCUAUUGCCUUCAAUGCACUCAGCCAAAGACGUAUGCAAACUAUUUUGCAAGUGACUUUGGGAUGUUUACAUAUAAUAGACCUGGGGGAGGGGUUGUAGUAGUGAUGUAAUGUUUGUCCUACUACAGUUUAAUGAAUGAAUGGCUAUAGUGCCAUGAUAUGCAGGUACGUUGUAACAGGCCAGAACAAGAGACCGCCAUUGCCAUCAUUCCAUGGUAUGCAGCAAUAAAGCGGAAUGACCAUCAGUGGCCACUGCAAUGCUAAUCUUAACAAAAAAAAAGGCUAUGCUACUCUACUAACACAGCUCUGGCAGAGGUUUCGUUGAAAAAUAUAGAUAUUGGUCCCUUUUUCAAUCAAGUCUGGUUUAAAAAUACAUAUAUUGGUCCUUUUCAAUCAAGUCUGGUUUAAAAAUAGAUAUUUUGGGCCCUAUUCGAUCAAGGCUGGUUUAAAAAAUAAAUCCCACUUGCAUGCUUUGAGUGACGUACUACUCAAGGAAACACCAGAUAGCCUGGGCACCAGUUUGAAUAGGGCUCUUGGUCCAUGCCCUGUCCUGUUCGCAGACCUGGGUCGUGUUCAUUAGGCACCAAACGGAUGAAAAUGGACUGAAACGGCACUUGGACAAUGGAAACAAUCAUUUUCGUUUUCAGUUGCAAAAUGUUUUAAAAUGUUUUCCGUUGCAGGCCCUAAAAUGAACGCGUCCCAGAUAUUUCUAGUAGAGGUCGACUGAUUAUGAUUUUUCAAUGCCGAUACCGAUUAUUGGAGGACCAAAAAAGUAGAAACCGAUUAAUCGGCCGAUUUUUAUUGAUUGAUUUAUUUGUAGUAAUGAUAAUUACAACAAUACUGAAUGAACACUUAUUUUAACUUAAUAUAAUACAUCAAUAAAAUCAAUUUAGCCUCAACUAAAUAAUGAAACAUGUUCAAUUUGGUUUAAAUAAUGCAAAAACAAAGUGUUGGAGAAGAAAGUAAAAGUGCAAUAUGUGCCAUGUAAGAAAGCUAACAUUUAAGUUCCUUGCUCAGAACAUGAGAACUUAUGAAAGCUGGUGGUUCCUUUUAACAUGAGUCUUCAAUAUUCCCAGGUAAGAAGUUUUAGGUUGUUGUUUUUAUGGGAAUUAUAGGACUAUUUCCCUCUUUUGUAUUUCAUUAACCUUUGACUAUUGGAUGUUCUUAUAGGCACUUUAGUAUUGCCAGUGUAACAGUAUAGCUUCCGUCCCUCUCCUCGCUCCUCCCUGGGCUCGAACCAGCAACAGAACGUCAACAGCCACCAUCGAAGCAGCGUUACCCAUGCAGAGCAAGGGGAACAACUACUAGAAGGCUCAGAGCGAGUGACGUUUGAAAUGCUAUUAGUGCGCGCUAACUACCUAGCCUUUUCACAUCGGUAACACCAGCCUAAUCUCGGGAGUUGAUAGGCUUGAAGUCAUUAGCAGCGCAAUGCUUGACGCACAAUGAAGAGCUGCUGGCAAAACGCACAAAUAUGCCUACCACCGCUCAGUCCGAUACUUAGAUACUUGUAUGCUUGUAUGCUCAGUCAGAUUAUAUGCAACACAGGAUACGCUAGAUAAUAUCUAGUAAUAUCAUGAACCAUGUGUAGUUAACUUGUGAUUGAUUGUUUUUUAUAAGAUAAGUUUAAUGCUAGCUAGCAACUUACCUUGGCUUACUGCAUUCGCGUAAUAGGCUCCUUGUGGAGUGCAACGAGAGAGAGGCAGGUCGUUAUUGCGUUGGACUAGUUAACUGUAAGGUUGCAAGAUUGGAUCCCCCGAGCUGACAGGUGACAAUCUGUCGUUCUGCCCCUGAACGAGGCAGUUAACCCACCGUUUCUAGGCCGUCAUUGAAAGUAAGAAUGUGUUCUUAACUGACUUGCCUAGUUAAAUAAAGGUAUAAAUCAUUUUUUUAAAUGUUUUUUUUUUUUUUAAAUCUGCAAAUCGACGCCCCAAAAUACCGAUUUUCAUAACAAUCUGAAACUUGAAAUCGGCCCUAAUUAAUCGGCCAUUCCGAUUUAAUCGGUCGACCUCUAAUAUCUUGGCCUACUAGUAAAUCUUCUUUGUCAUUCUAAGCCUCUGUCAUUUGCAACAUUUCUUAUUAUCUUGAUGUCAAUUUAAUUUGAAUCUGAAAUGGCCAUCACUGACAUAUUUUAGUUGAUUAUUAUUUAUUAUCAGAAUGAACUAAUGGGAACCGGUACUUCCAGCCACGUAGGCUAAUACUGCCUUAUAGUUUAAAUAGAGGGGAAUGUUUCGGCAGUCUGAUUCAGCCUUUUGAUGAUCUACUUGUCACAUUUCCUGUCUGCUGUGUAGGUCAUUUAUUGAAAUGAUUUAUAAUGUCCAUGAUGUGAAGUAUUGGCUUUGUGAUUCAGACAAAUCUAUGGUUGAAAUGCUGCAGGUACUUCUUGACUAUCAGUACAAUGAUAUGAGAGUACGUCUGUAGCUCUGAAUCUCUGGGAAUAACAGCCUUUAUAUCAGCCAGCCUUGGGCUCAGUUCCAUUUCAAUUCAGGAACUAAACUGAUAUUCACAUUUAUUCUCAAAGCUUUUUAAUGAGGAACAAUUUAAUUGGAAUUUCAGUUUCCUACCUGAAUCUAAAUGAAACUGAUCCCCAACGCUGUAUAUCAGUAUUUAACUAUUGAGUACCAUUAACAUUUCUGUAUUCAUUGUAAAUAAUGUAAAAUGGAGAUGGUCUCUUUCUUUGUACAAUUCAUUAUCCUGGAGCUGAUAAAACAUGCAGGUUGUAAUCCCAAAUAACACCCUAUUACCUACAUAGUGCACUACUUUUGACCAAAGCCCUAUUUGACCCUGGUCCAAUGUAGUGCACUAUAAAGUAUAGGUUGCCAUUUGGCACAUAGACAUUAUUACUGGAUGUACUUAUGAUAACUCGGAUCAUUUUAACGUGAGAAAUUCCAUAAAUAUUUUUAACAAUCA